AUGUCACGAGCAACAAUAAAUGGUAGUCGAGGUUUUUUAAUUGAUGGUUAUCCACGUGAAAUUAUUCAAGGUGAACAAUUCGAGCAUGAAGUUCAAUCACCCGAUCUUGUCAUUUAUUUUAAUGCUGAUAAGAAAACACUUUAUGAGCGUUGUAUGAAUCGGCAAAAAAUAAG